GUCGGCUACACCUCUAAAACAAAAAGCAAGUCUCAGCUGUAAGCAGAUUCAGGACGACCACACAUCCAGGAAAAAUUGGGCAGUGGGCAUUCCGGAGCAAAGCUUACUAUGGCGACUACUGACCAUCGCAAAAAGUACCUUUGUCAUCAUGGAUUACUAAUACCAAAAACGACAUAUUCUGAAGAGAGUAUCCAGUUCAGUAUGGCGUUUGAAGUUCAAGAUGAUGAUAUCUUUGCAGUCACGUAUCCUAAGUCUGGCACAACAUGGAUGCAAGAGAUUCUGCCCCUGAUUCUAAAUGGCGGGGACCUGACACCAGUACAGACCAUCCCAAACUGGGAUCGAGUUCCCUGGCUGGGGGGGCCCCGCGCUCCCCUGGUUCUGGGCGACCGGCCCCCUCCUCGGGCUAUGGUCUCCCACUGGCCCUACCACCUCAUGCCCCCCUCUUUCUACACCUCCAAGGCCAAGGUGAUCUACGUCACCCGGAACCCCAAAGAUGCUGCCGUUUCAUCCUUUCAUUUCCACGGGAUGGCCAGCUACCUUGAUGAUCCUGGAACCUUUGACCAGUUCCUGGACAAAUUUCUCUCCGGACAGGUAAUGUUUGGCAAGUGGACAGAUCAUGUGAAAAGCUGGAGAAACACAGAUAUUGAAGGCAGAAUCCUCUAUAUGACCUAUGAAGAAAUGGUGCAGGACCUGAGGGCAGCCAUGCUUAGGAUGGCUCAGUUCCUGGGCCGAGAGCUGAGUCCUGACGACCUGGAGAAGGUGGCCAAUCACUGCCAGUUUAACAACAUGAAGACCAACAUCAUGUCCAACUACUCCCUGGUGCCACAGGACAUCAUGGACAGCAGCAAGUCUCCGUUCUUGCGGAAAGGAACCACAGGAGACUGGAGAAACCAUUUCAAUGCUGAACAGGAAGCCAGGUUCUCUGCCAUUAUAAAAAAAGAGAUGGAAGGAACCAGUUUUAAAUUUCCAUGGGAUGACGAGUGACAGAGUAUAAUAAAACUUUAGGAGCUCCUCAUCUCACACAGCUGAGAUUUUGGAAACAAAGAAGUUAGAAAACAUUCUUAAAACACCAGUGCUCGCAAAUGAAGUAUAUGGCAAUCAUUCGCCUUGUGUUUGGUACUGAAAAAAAAAAAAAAAAAAAGAAUUUUAGUUCUCUAGGUUUCCUAGUUAAAAUGUUGAUUCAUAUGUUUUCACUCCCACAAUCAAAGGUACAUGUAGAAAUCACUAUAAUUAUAUCCACAGUUGCAUUGCUCAUUCAGUUCUAUUGAACUCAUUUUAAGCCCUCUGGCCUGGCUGCUGCUGAGGUCUGUCAGACACUUGUCAUGGCACCACAGUUAAAACUGUCCUGAGCUGCGACUGAUUUUCUUAGCUGUUUAAUUCCUUACAAACUUGUAAAGAGUUUUAUAUUUCUCUCACUGUACCAGAAAUAAAGCCUGCAGUUCAAUAAUGAAUGUGAGACGGGUGCGUGGGGGUUGGACCCAAAAUGCACGACUCAGAAACAAUGGUUAAAUAAAGUCCCGUUAGGGCUUUAUUCGGGACGAAUCCCAGGAGCGUAGUCAAAACAAGCAAAGUCCAUACACGAAGAUCCAGCCAAACAAAUAAACAAAAAGCACGGUGCCGAGGGAAGAGGCAAGCUCGUAGUCGGUAGACGAGGACGUGGUCAAAAACAAACAGUGGUCAACAAAACAGAAAUCAAUAAACAAUGGUCGGUAACAGGCUUGGAUCGUAACGUGUAAUCAAACCGUAAAUAAUUCUCAAGAGUUGCGUAGUAGAACUUGAGGCAGACAAUUUCGCAGUGAACAGUAGCGCGACUGGGAUAUAAAUGCAGAUGUAGACAGGUGUAGACAAUUAGUUAGAGCGUAGCAAGGAAAUGGAAAACAGGUGCGAUGGAUGACAAGUUUAACAAGGUGAUUAGUAAUCGUUAGUAAUAAACCUAUCCUGCCCUAGCAUUAGUAAAUUAGUAAAUGACAUGCACGAGAAACGUAAGGUAACAUGAACACAUGAUUAGUUUGUUAGUUUCUACCCAAUCCUGAUCUAGCGUUAGUAGUUUUAGUAAAUAGACAAAUGGAAACAAUUAGGGAGUGAAUGACAGAAAGAGAGAGAGAGAAAAGGCGGAACGCAAGGUUUGCGGAAAGACAUAAAUCAAAACAUAACACAGCGAAACUAAGACGAUAACCACUCAACAUAACAAGGUAAUAUAAUCGUACGAAACAUAACUAGACAUGACAAGAAAAUAAAUCGAAACGAAACAUAACUAAACAACAUGACGAACCUAGACUGGCAUAAUACAUGAUAAGACACUACGUGACUAAGACCACAUGAAUAAACAUAAAACAUGGCAAGACAGACCUGAAACGUGACAGAAUGAUCUUCAUUCUGGUGUGACAUCCUCAUUCAUCAUAAAACUUGGGACCCUGAGAAAUGUUCUAAGGUUCUUGAAAAAAGUGUGAAUUAGUGGAAUAUACAAUCCACAAACUCAGCGGUCACUGCGAUUUAAAAUUUCAAUAGUCACUUAACCCCUUAAGUAUUACCCCUUUUCUUAACACAAACUUGAAAAUGACAAAUGGUUGCUAUUAUUGAACCCUUUUGACUACAGGUAAAAAAAAGUACAAAGUAAAAAGUACAAUAAUCACAAUAACACCAUGUUGUAUUGAGGUCCAUUUAUUGAAGGUUUUGUAAAAAUACCCAACCCCCAUCAAUAAUUCAAACACAUUCCACGAUUUCACAUACUAUAUAUUAUUCAAAAGCAAGCUUGCUCUUUAUUCUUGCUUGUUCCUAUUCAUGUUUUUUUGUUUUGUUUUUUUAACCCCUAACAAACUAUACACCGUUGGAAACAUAAUGUCAUUAGCUCAAGGUGUCUCAGUCAUCAGCUCAAUAUACCAUAAACCUAGCCGGCUGCAUGGUGACAGAACUGAUUCCUUCCUAUUUUGAUCAGGAAUGGCGGGUACACCUAUACUUGGCAACUGCAUUUCGGUUACUGGUCAGAUAACCUUGUAUGUGAGCACACCGUAUGCCAGAGAGCCGAUACAAAACAGCGAUUACACCACUACUUUUGUAGAAGUAUGCCACAGCACAAAUAAUUCCUCCAGAGAAAUUUUAAGUAAACAAUGGAUAUUCUAUCGAUGUUUCUCAAGAGUUAUCACGUUAUUACAAACCAUUGGGCAUUUCGUUCACUGGACCAUUGCCAUGAAAAGUACUCUGACGUUACCUCAUUUCUUGUAGUAUGCGUAUUUACAAAAUGCAAAUAAGGUGAAAUCCCCCCCACUCUUGUUUUGCCACUGUUAGGGAAAAAUGCCCUUUUUAAAAUUUCACAGGUGAGCAUCGUCUGAUGAAACUUCCCAGUAAAAACAACGAUAGCUAUACUUGAGUUUAACUUUGGUAUUUAUUUGCAAAGAAAUAACAGAAAGUGAGAAAGCUUACCGGCUUUCUGAUUUGAAUCAGACAGCUGCGUGAAGUUGGCAAAUGUUGCUGGCCACAAUUGGAGAUGUCAGGUUCGCAUUUAUCAAAACAAAAGUGCGGUGAAUAAAAUUAUUUAUGAACUGUAAUUUUGUCAAUUUUAAUUGUUAAAUUAAUACAGUUGGAUAUGAUUGUGAUGUAUUUGCAGAGAAUAUAAAAUUGUGCACAAAUUUCAAUAAAAACUGUUUGCCACCUGU